AUGAGCGGAAGAGGCAAAACCGGCCGUAAAACUAAGGCUAAGGCCAAGACUCGUUCAUCCAGGGCCGGACUGCAGUUCCCCGUGGGUCGUGUGCACAGGCUUCUGCGUAAAGGUAAUUACGCCCAGCGCGUCGGUGCCGGCGCUCCGGUUUACUUGGCCGCCGUGCUCGAGUAUCUGACCGCUGAGAUUCUCGAGUUGGCUGGCAAUGCCGCCCGUGACAACAAGAAGACCCGUAUCAUUCCCCGCCACCUGCAGCUCGCUGUGCGUAACGACGAGGAGCUGAACAAACUGCUCGGAGGAGUGACGAUCGCUCAGGGAGGUGUACUGCCCAACAUUCAGGCCGUGCUGCUGCCCAAGAAGACAGAGAAGGCUGUCAAGACCAAGUAA